GGCUGGGAGACGCUCAUGGGUGGGCUGGCUCCUCCCCGUUCCCUGGAUGACACCUCCUCACUUUCCAGCCUCCCUUUUGUGGGUAUCAGGUUGCUCCUCCACCGCGGGGUUCAAAGAGCUGCUUUUAUGCUCAACCAUAAAAUUCUCUGGAAUUAUCUUCAGGGAUCACUCAGUUCCAUAAAAGAGGGUCCAGCUGAGUCUGAGGGAUUAGGAAGAAGGCUGUGAAGGACCCAGCUUGCAGCACCAUGAAAAGCUUCCCCAUGGCUCCCCUGCUUUUUCUGAUUUUUAUCCUGAGUGUCCACCACGGAACUGCCACACGUGGCAUUGAUAUGGCCAAGUUCUGCUGCUUCCAAUACAGCCACAAGAUCCUGCCCUGGAGGUGGGUGAAUACCUAUGAAUUCACCAGGAACAGCUGCUCCCAGCAGGCUGUGAUAUUCACCACCAAAAAAGGCCACAAAGUCUGUGCAAAACCGCAGGAAACAUGGGUGCAAAAAUAUAUUGCUUUACUGAAAGCCCAGAAACAACUGUGACAGCUGAAUUUUCAGCCCAAGAUGCCUGGAUCCUGCUCUGCUCUUGGCUCUGCCUCUCUUGGUGGAGCCUGAAGAAUUUCUCCAACAGAAGUCUCCAGUGGGUCUGGUGGGGAGGAGGAGAUAUUUGCCAGUGGUCUUUUUUUCUUAAAUAAAAAUUUGAUUUGCUCACAAACAUUCUUAUUGAAUAAAACCUGAGUUUUCCAGAAAAAAAGAAAGUGUCAGUA